AGCUCUAGUUGCCCAGCCACAGAGAAAGAAAGAGGAGGCGCACAGUUUGCUAUUGAUAGAAUAGUUCAGCAAUCUUAAUAUUUUUUUAACGAUUAUUAUAGUUUAAAUUGACAUAUCCACUACGCGCCUGGGCCAGUCUACAGGCACAGUUUACCCCCGCUCUGGCACACUUGCAACCCGAAAUGAGCGGCAGCGGGCGGCCCAGGACUAGCUCGUUUGCUGAGCCUCCGGGGGUCCCGGGAGCCGCUGCAGCCGCCGCCGGAUCAGCCGUCGCCGGUGGAAGCUCUUCAGGAAAGACGGGGGGCGCGCAGGCCUCAGGCGGGAGUUCGUCUGGUUUCGGAAACCUAAAGCUGGGCAGGGACAGUGGAAAAGUGACAACGGUAGUAGCCACACCAGGGCAGGGUCCGGACCGUCCUCAGGAGGUCUCGUACACCGACAUCAAGGUGAUCGGGAAUGGCUCAUUUGGAGUGGUGUACCAGGCUCGACUCAUCGACAGCCAGGAGAUGGUGGCCAUAAAGAAGGUGCUUCAGGAUAAGAGGUUUAAGAACCGUGAGCUACAGAUAAUGAGGAAGUUGGACCACUGUAAUAUUGUCAGGCUACGCUACUUCUUCUACUCCAGUGGAGAAAAGAAAGAUGAAGUGUAUCUAAAUCUGGUGCUUGAUUUUGUACCAGAAACCGUGUACAGGGUGGCACGCCACUUCAACAAGUCCAAGACCACCAUCCCCAUUAUCUAUGUCAAAGUGUAUAUGUAUCAGUUAUUUCGCAGUCUGGCAUAUAUUCAUUCCCAAGGCGUCUGCCAUAGAGACAUAAAGCCACAGAAUCUCCUGGUGGACCCAGACACAGCUGUACUCAAACUGUGUGACUUUGGCAGUGCAAAACAGUUAGUUCGUGGGGAGCCCAAUGUGUCAUACAUCUGUUCGCGGUAUUACCGCGCUCCCGAGCUAAUAUUCGGAGCCACGGAUUACACAUCCAACAUUGAUAUCUGGUCAGCUGGCUGUGUAUUAGCAGAGCUGCUUCUGGGACAGCCCAUAUUCCCCGGUGACAGUGGAGUGGACCAGCUAGUGGAGAUCAUCAAGGUUUUGGGGACCCCGACAAGAGAACAGAUCCGAGAGAUGAACCCCAACUACACAGAGUUUAAAUUCCCACAGAUCAAAGCACACCCUUGGACGAAGGUGUUUAAGCCAAGGACCCCUCCUGAAGCCAUCUCAUUGUGUUCUCGUCUGUUGGAGUACACACCGGUGACGCGGCUCUCUCCGCUGGAGGCCUGUGCACACGCUUUCUUUGACGAGCUGCGCCAGCCGAAUGCCCGUCUGCCUAAUGGCCGAGAACUUCCCCAACUCUUCAACUUCAGCCCUGUGGAGCUGUCUAUCCAACCACAGUUGAACUCCAUUCUCAUUCCUCCCCAUGCUCGCUCGCAGACGACACCUGCCUCACACGAGGGCAGCGGUUCAGACGGUCCAGCCCAGUCUAGCUCAGCACCGGGACCCCUGAGCAACAACACCUAAUUGUUCCCUUGGCAUUACUGCGGCGUUAUCACCCCUCUCUCCUCAUCCCUUCUUUCUCAUUCCUCUCUCCUUCCCAAAAGCAGCUCCAAACAGUCUCUCUCUCACACGCUCUCUCUCACAAACACACAAGCACAUCACCUCGUGUUAUGUGUCGUCAUGAUGAAAGAAGUGUGCGAUGCCCAGAUUAAUGACGUCAAUCAUCACAGGAGGAGAUAAUGAGGUCGAUUUAAAUUUAGUAUGAUGAUUGUCAUGUUUCGGUUUAAAGACUGGGAAGGGCCGCUUGGGGCACAUGUGCCCCCUAGUGGCAUGAAGAGCACCGCACAGUUACUGCUCUCUGCCUCUGGUACCAUCCUUUUGACUUUUAAACAUGUCGAGCUCGUUUAAAUUUAAUUUUGCUCUUAAACUGAUACGUUUUAGCUUUCUUUAGGAGUUCUUGCAUGAAGCAAGGACUACGAUGGGUUUUAAGAAGCAGCGAGUGUGAGAUGUUAGUGUUUGUGUGUCUUAAUAUGUGCGAAUGUCAAUUUUAAGUAAUCAUUGCACACUCUUUUGUUUUAAUUUCUUUUAAGGAGAGUAUUUGGAGAAGUCGAAGGUUUUUUUUUGACGGUUUCAUUAUAAAACGUGCUCACUUUUGUUUGUUCGUUUUUUUUUUUUUUUUGUGCAUGCGCAUAGACACACACACACACAUAUAUAGCUGGUAGGUCAGUCCCAUCACUAGCUGUGUUAGCUGUUCUGUUGUGCAUUAUGAAGUCUAUGCCAUGUGUGUGUGUUUAAUAUACAUCGGCAUGCCUGUUAAAUGUGAAUUUAGCGGAUGUUCAUCUAAAAGACACGCUGAUACAUGAGCCCACACACACACCAUGAACACUUAGCAAAUGAGACUGGAGCUGUUUGUCUUUCCCUUCUUCCAUCCUUCCCAUCUCCUCCUCUCUCAUUGCUAAUAUGUAAAUGCCAUGUACCUUUUAUUUUGUUAUUUUUGUUAUUGUUAUUCUGUUGUCCUUGUAAUUAGAUUUUUCUCCUAGUGGAGCAGUGCUGGUAUGAGCAGAAACCAGCCUUUCUUGGUCUCUCUAUCUCUUUCUCUCUCUCUCUCUCUCUCUCUCUCUCUCCCUCCCGCCUUCCCUCCCUCUCUCUCUCUUUCCUCUUAUCCCUUCAUCAUACAACUGUAUAUAACAUUUCAUCCAGCCUCUCCCUGCGUCCGGGGAGAAAGACAAAACUGAACAAAAUUUUGUUUUUACCUGAUAUCUCUCAGUCUCUUUCUCUUACUCUCUCUCCUCAUCCGCCCGCCUGCCUGCCUGCCCUUCCCCCUCCUCAUCAGUGUUAAUUCUGAUCCUUUUAUUUAUUGUAUUGCUGUCUGAUUCUGUUUUUAACAAUCUGAUGGGGGAGGGGUUUGUGUGUGUGUUGUCAUUUGGUGUAACGUUCAUAUCUCAAACUCUGGAAUAUUGUCUGACGGAAUGUUCUGGAAAGGGCAGGUACACACUACCACACACAGGCUGCUCGGCCCAUCAGUGAAAAGAUGAACGGUUAAAGGGAGAGAGAGGGAGAGAUACACAAUGUUUUUGUUUGUUGGUAUAAAUAAUAAACUCAUUAAUAAAGUUAUCAAGUGUC